AUGGUUCCCUCACGUUACGUCAAGCACUCUCCUGCCACUAAGGAGAGUGUCUUCGUCCAGGUCUUGGUCCUCGGUGAUAUUGGGCGAAGCCCGCGCAUGCAAUACCAUGCGUUGAGCAUUGCGAGGCACGGCGGGAGGGUUGAUCUCGUCGGCUACUAUGAAUCGGAACCCCACCCUGAUCUUCUUACCAAUCCCCGAGUUAAGAUCUACCCGCUAGCACCUCCACCAGAUCUUCUAAGAUCUGGAUCAAUCCCUUUCGUCAUAUCGGGGCCUAUGAAGGUCUUAUGGCAAGUAUGGACUCUUACUCGAGUCUUAGGCUAUCAAACACCGCCGGCAAGAUGGCUGCUCGUUCAGAACCCCCCGUCUAUCCCAACUCUAGCUAUUGCUCUUCUUGUUUCCGUCCUGCGGAACACUCAUCUCAUGGUCGAUUGGCAUAACUUUGGCUGGACGAUCCUCGCUGGAACUAAAGGGCGUAAUCACCCAUUCGUGAAGAUUUCAAGGGCUUAUGAAUGCGUGUUGGGCCAGGCAGCCCCCACCGCCAACAUCACAGUUACUCGUGCAAUGAAGCGGCAACUAGAACGGCCUCCUUAUAACAUCAAGUCGCCGAUCCUCACCCUCCAUGACAGGCCGGCUUCAAUCUUCCAGCCUGUCAACUCUCUACCAGACCGCAGGGAUUUCCUUGAGAAGCUGCCGGAGACGAAAGCCUUCGCCGCAAAAAUCAUGGCUGGAGAGACUAAGCUUGUCGUGAGCAGUACUUCCUGGACGCCCGACGAGGACUUUUCGCUUUUCCUGGAUGCCUUAGUUGCGUACGCUGAGGGGGAAGAUGUCUGUCCGCUCAUGGCAAUUAUCACGGGGCGCGGCCCGCAAAAGGCCUUUUACGAAGAGCGGAUCCGGGACCUUCAACAGAAAGGAAGACUCCCUAAUAUCCGUAUACUGACCGCUUGGCUUACAAUCGAGGAUUACGCUAAGCUCAUAAGUUGCGCAGACCUCGGAGUAUGCCUCCACAUGUCCAGCUCGGGCGUUGAUCUACCGAUGAAGGUGGUAGAUAUGUUCGGAUCGGGGUUGCCGGUCGUAGCUUACUCGGGGUACGAAAGCUUCAGUGAGUUGGUCCAAGAGGGGGUCAACGGAUGCGGGUUCCAAACCGCCGGGGAAUUGGCCGUCCUCCUAAAGCGAUUGUUCAGCCCGGCCGGAUCGAACGAGCUCCGGGCCUUACGGGAAGGGGCAAAGAAGGAGAGCGAUUUACGGUGGGACGAGGAAUGGGACCGGGUGCUGGGCCGUGUCUUCGGGUUUGUAGACUAA